AUGUCGAUCGGAACUUGGUCGUUCCACCCUCUGGUUACCUCGUUUCCGGGAACUGUAUUUCCAAAUGUGCAGUUUUGGAAUGUUACCAAUGGAACUUGGGAGUACCAGGUGCAGCUUGCGUAUCCUUUGAACUGGACGUCGACCAACGUUGACAGCACCGUGGACACCAUGUAUGUUCUCGAUGGCAACGCAUUGGGCAUGACCGCCACAGAAGCGUUCCGUCGACGUCGACCCGUCGAGUCCGCUCAGCCGGACACCAUCAUCGUCAGCAUUGGAUACCCCGACACCAUCCCCGACUCACCUUACAGCCUUCGCCGCGGCUACGAUUUCCAGCCGCCAGUCUGCGCGACCUGCCCUCCCGCGCCCCUCCCCGGCGUCCCCUCCAACGCGGACAACUUCAUCGAAUUCAUCGACGAGGUUCUCCGCCCCUGGGUCCGCAACACGGUCUUUGCUAACGUCGAUUUCUCUCGCGAUGCUCUGUACGGGCACUCGUUCGGUGGCCUGUUCGUCCUCUACGCUCUGCUCAUGCGCCCAGAUCUCUUCGACACCUUCCUUUCCGCUUCCCCCGCCCUGUAUUGGAACCAUGGAUACAUUCUCAACCAGCUGGGACCCCUGACAAACGCCACCACGCCCCCUCCUCUACCUACCAAGCCAGCUUUCCAGAUCAGCUAUGGGGUCCUGGAACAGUACCCCGUGAAGCGGCGGACGGAGACGCAGGCCGAGUUCCAAGCGCGCAAGAGUCUCUACGAGUCGCUGCAAAUGGUCACGCUGAGCAACCAGCUGUACGCUGCGAUCAAAGACAGCCCCAAGUUGCGGAAUGUGAGUUUGCGGCCCUAUCCGUCCAGCGAUCAUGCGGCGGUUGGUGCGGCGGCGCUGGCGGAUGGGAUUGAUUAUUUCUUGGAUUGGUAG